GCCGCACCGAGCCGAGCCAAGCCGGGUAGAGCGACGCCGAGCCGGGUAGAGCGCUCCGCGUCGCCCCGAGCCGUGCCGGGCAUAGCGGGGCCGGGCACAGCUGGGACGCACCGGGGAGCUACCGCCGCCGCUCCGGAGCGUUCAGCACCGCUGGCACGGACAGCGCCCGCCGCCGGCGGCCAUGGAGGCCGUGCCCUCCCCGCCCUCCCGGGAGCCGCUGCCCGAGGGGACGCGCCGCGAUCGAGACCCCGCCUCGCCCAGAGAAAAACAAAAUGCAGGACCUUGCCAGACCUGCCUCGCCAUGCCAGAGAUCGGGAACACUGAGCUCAGCUACAGUGGCACUUCCUGGGAAAAAAUCUGCCCAGUCCAYCACUGCCCCAUUCCUGCAUCCCCCAGGCUGGGGGAAGACAACCUGCCCUCCUCCAGCCACACGCUUGGGCCGGUUUCCACCCAGUCCAACGGCCAGGUGCCAUCGAGCUCCCAGGACUUGCAGCAGCAUCACCCGUAUCAUCCCUGCACCCAGGAGGAGUCCCGAGACAGCUACAGCCUUCCCUCAGUCCUUGGGCAUGGCGAGAGGCCCGUGCUGUGUUCCCACCUUUCCAGCGGUGAUCUCGUGCCAGCCUCCCACCACGAGGCCCCGGAAAUGCCCUGGAAGCAGUGGUCCCCCGGGCAGCGGCAGCCAGUGCAACAUCAUGUUGUCACAGUCAGACAUGACAAAGCUUUCAGGAUGCCAAAAAGUUACUCUCAGCUGAUCGCAGAGUGGCCCCUGGCCAUGCUGCUGCUGUGCUGCAUGGUGGCAGUGAUCUGCACCGUGGCUGGGCUGCUGGUUGGGGAUUUGCCUGACUUUUCACAACCCCUAAUGGGUUUCGAGCCACGGGACACUGACAUUGGCAGGAAGCUCAUUGUGUGGAGGAAUGUCGAGAGCCAUACAGGCUACAAGAAGACCCUUUCCCUUUCUCCCUAUGCCAAGAAGAAAAGCUAUGAUGACCUUGGCAUUGGCAGAGGACAGAAGGCUGCUCAGGGAGAACAAGCAGCAAGGACACGGAGAAUGGUGGAAACCACCUAUGGAGCAGAUGGAUUCUUCUGUGGUCCCCCUGAAAAGAGCUAUUCCCAGCUGGUAUUUAUGUCCACAACCGCUGGGAGCUUAUGGAAUUUGCAAGCUAUUCAGUCUAUGUGUCAAAUGGAACAAGACAAGAUACGCUCACAUGUGCAUUUUAGAGACCUCUGCCAGCGCACUGAGGCCAAUGAAUGCUGCCCGAGCUGGUCCCUGGGGAACUACAUUGCUGUCCUGUACAACAGGUCUUCAUGUCUGGAGAUAACCCAAGGAGACAUCUCCCACACCCUGGCCCUGCUCCGUGCCUGUGCUCCAGACUACCACCGAGGUGUCCUCACUCCAUCCUGCAUAGGCCCUGAAGCUGUCAGACAGAAACACUCUCAGUGCGCCCAAGUCCCAGAAAAAUGUACCCGCUUCAAUGCCAUCUAUCAACUGCUUCACUUCUUGGUCGACAGGGACUUCCUCAGUCCCCAGACAAUGGAGUACCAAGUGCCCUCUCUCAAGUACAGCCUGCUUUUCCUGCCUACAAGAAAAGGUGCAUCUAUGAUGGGGAUCUACUUAGACAACCUCGAAACCUGGGAUCUGUUUGAUAACUACACAUCUAUUACUGGAAUGGAUCUGGGCCUUAAACAGAAACUGUUCCAUCACUACCUUUUACUGGAUACUAAGUAUCCAGUCCUGGCAAUAUUAGCUAUUUUUCUAAGCAUUUCUUUUUAUUUACGCUCAGUCUUCAUUACCUUGAUGGUCCUGCUUGCUGUUGUCAGUUCUUUGAUGAUCUCCUACUUCUUGUACAAGGUGGCCUUCAGAUUCACCUAUUUCCCUUUUGUAAACCUGACWGCAGUCAUCAUUCUCAGCAGCAUUUGUGCCAACCACACUUUUGUCUUCUUCGACCUGUGGAACCUCAGCAAGAGGCAGAACCCUUCCRCUGGGCUUGCUCAGUGGGUGAGUCAAACCAUGCACCAUUUUGCGUAUCUCGUGUUGGUCUCGUGCUUCACAACAGGCGCUGCCUUCUACGCCAGCUAUAUCAGCACCAUCACAGCCAUCCGCUGCUUCGCCGUCUACAUGGGCACCUCAGUGCUGGUGAACCUGGUUUUCAUGAUGACCUGGCUGCCCUCUUCUGCUGUGCUAUACGAGCGCUACAUUGCAACAACCUGCGUUUACAAGCCAGAAGCCUACUGGAACAACAGCAGCCACAAGAGAGCCGCACUCUCCAUCCAUUACAUCCUCCGGGCUCUCCAGAACACACUGUCUGAAACCUCCAAGCUGCUCUUUGAAAAGAUUCUGCCUUGUGGGGUCAUCAAGUUUCGGUACAUCUGGAUCUGCUGGUUUGCUGCCUUAGCCAUAGGAGGUGCCUACAUUUCCUGUUCCAACCCCAAACUCAAACUCCCAACUCUGGAGACGUCAUCUGUCCAAGUGUUCAGGCUGAGCCACCCCUUUGAGAGGUACGAUUCYGAGUACUGCCACCAGUUCAUGUUUGAGAGGCUGGAGCACGGAGAAGGGCAACGUAUGCCUGUCACAAUAGUCUGGGGCAUUCUGCCUGUGGAUAAUGGGGACCAUUUUAAUCCAAAAAGCAAUGGCACUCUAGUGACAGACACCACCUUCACCAUCCAAAAUCCUGAUGCCCAGAAGUGGCUCCUUGAAUUCUGCCAAAAAGUGAAGAACAAAACUUUCUAUUACCCUGAUGCAGAGCAGAAAUCUACUGUGUGCUUCAUGGAGGAGUUCCUCAGGUGGAUGGACAGUCGACAGUGCUCUCAGCGAGACCACAGCUUCAACCUCUGCUGUAACCAGUUCUCCUUCCCUUACAGAAGUGAAGUCUUCCUGCACUGCAUUAAAAUGAUGCUCCUGGAAGAGGGCAGGGAAGGGACAGAAAUGUACGAUCUGGGCCUCAGGUUUGAUGGGGAGGGAAAUGUUGCUGCCUUAGUACUGCAGUUUCAAACUAUUUAUCACUAUAGCUUCAACUACAGCAAAGCCAAACAGUUCUAUGAUGAAAUCAGCCUCUGGAUAACAGAGGAAAUGAAAACUGCCCCCGUGGGGCUUCAGAAYGGAUGGUUUACCAGUAAACUAGAGCUGUACAACCUCCAGCACAGUCUAAGCACAGAAACCAUGGUGGUCAUGGGGCUCUCCAUAGCUGUUUCCUUUGUGGUGCUGCUGCUUACAACCUGGAACGUUCUCCUUAGCGUUUUCUCUGUUACUGCCAUUGCAGGCACUGUCCUGGUAACCAUUGGCCUUUUGGUCCUCUUGGAGUGGCAGCUCAAUGCAGUGGAGUCUCUCUUCAUUUCAGCCGCAGUAGGUCUUUCUGUUGACUUCACCGUCAACUACUGCAUCUCYUACCACCUGUGCCCCCAUUCUGACCGCCUGAGCCGAGUGGCCUUUUCCCUGAAGCAGAUGAGCUGYGCCACAGCCAUGGCAGCUUCUGCUCUUUUCUCUGCAGGGGUCAUUAUGUUGCCUGCCACRGUCCUGGCGUACAGGAAGCUGGGGAUAUUCGUCAUGAUGAUCAAUUGUAUCAGCUGUGGGUUUGCCAGCUUCUUCUUCCAGUCGCUCUGCUGCUUCUUUGGCCCGGAAAAGAACUGCGGGCAGAUCCUUUGGCCUUGUGCCCACACCAUGAAAGACUACUCUGACRACUCUGGGCCCAACUUUGCCUGUGGGGGCAGUGACAAGCAAAACCGGUUGCGGAAGGUCCAGGAGUCCAACACUGCAAACGAGCAAUACGAGCUCCAGCCCUUGUCCAGGAAACUCAGUGACAGUUUUGACAACAGCACCUCCACAAGCAAACUGUCUAACCGGCCCUCUGUGCUCUCUGAAGACAUACAAGUUGAAGACAACAGAUGCCCUCGAGUAGGAACGCAGCCCUCCCUGGAAAGAGAGAGACAGAGUCUGCAGGAGACCCUCGGAGACAAGCAGGUUGGCCUGUGCCAGUGUCCCGCCUUGCAAACUUCCUCUCCUUACAAGCACAGCACCUCAGAAACAGAAAUUCACAGGGAGAGACUCUGCCGAGAUUGUCACUGUCGAAAGUAUGGUCUGAAAGCAUGGGAUGGGUCUGGGCUGGAYCACAUCCAGCCAGCUGGCAUGAAAGAAGAAGGGCAGCUCAAUAAAUCCCAGUGCUCCAGUGACACUGCCCAGCAGCAGUCAGAUUAUACCUCAGACCACAGCCCUCUCCCUGCUGCUGACAUCUACAAAAUUCACAGAUGCCUUUGUUCUCUUGGCAGCUCUUUUGAUAUGCUCAACAUCUCCAGCGAGACAUCGAUCAGCGACUUYGAGCAAGGCCUGAAGCUCGCUGAAUCAGCCAGUUCCUGUCCAGAUGCCUUAGAGCUGUCUGACUCCUACAGUAACGCAGAGCGAGGUUACCUGAACGGGAAGAGAGAUACCCUGCGGCUGGACCUGAGGGAGACUGUCUUUGAUGUCUCUCCAGCUGCAUCACAGCAGAACGGCUCUUCAUGGAAAAAUCGGUUUGGAUUGGGGAACGAAGGGCCGGUCGUGCURCCCAACAGCCAACCUGACAUGCCCGAUGUUUGGAUCAAACGAUCUAGUGCACAAAGUUCCGGUUACAACAGCUGAGACCUUGCAGAAAGAAAAGCUGCUGCUAGGGAAAGGGGAAGCCUGAAUGUCCUUAGAGCUGUAAAUAUCAAUUUUUUCCUCCCACCUCUCCUAGAGCUGAGACUAUUUCUUAGUAUUUCAGCCGUGCAAAAUGUGUGUUUUCACAGAACCAGCAGACCUGAUGCCAGUGAGAGGACGUGACAGCCGUCUUGAUGGACAAACCCUUUGACUUCCAGUGUCUGGUGCCRUGUUCACAGGUGUUCACAGGACUUAUCGAGUAAACCUGGUUUGUCACYUCCUAUAAGGUGAUUAGCUUUUGUUUUCUUGAGAGAAAUAAUGAGGUGAAGCUCUCCAGGUAUUUAAUGACAGAGAAAGAGAACUCAUGUGAAAAAAAAAAAAGGUCCAAAACUGAACUACUGAAAAUCCUGACAAUC